ACUUUGACGUCACAGCCUCAUUAUGGCGGCAGAUUUACUAUUUCGAUUCAUGUGAGAAAACAUCAGAUUAGUGAAUAUCUUGGGGAUAAAUGGAAGUGACAAACCUUCAAAUAUGGAAGGACCUAAAAGACUUGAAUUCACAACACUCGGACCCCCGGGCAAGCCAGAAAAGAAAGACGUGACCCCCAAAACAUAUCGGUUCGACUUGGACAUACCAGAGUCAACUGACACCACAUGCCCGGAGUUUUUCUACACGGAGUUACUGAAAACAAUACCGGGUGCUGAAGAUAAACCAAAGUCAUCAGCUGACCCGUUUGAUGAUGAUGAUGCAGAUAAGCUUGCUGCAAUUGCUAAAAGCUUUGAGGACAAAUAUAACAAACCAAGUACUGGGAAAAAGAAGAAGAAAAGAAAAUGGCAAGAUAAUUAUUAUCUGGAACAACUUGGAGAAGGAUAUGAUGAAAAUGAUACGUUCAUUGAUAAUUCUGAAGCCUAUGAUGAAGUGCUGCCGGAAACCAUGACAACGAAACUCGGAGGAUUCUAUAUUAACUCUGGACGUCUUGAAUUGAAAGAAAUGUCUGACUCUUCAGAAGAUGAAUUUAGAUCUCCGUUGCCUGUAAAGAAGAAUAAAAAACGGAGAAUUUCGUCUGAUGAGGAUUCUGAUGGUGAGAAAGUUGUAAAGAAAAAGAAGAUCAAAGAUUCAUUAUCGGUAGAUGGUGAGGUGAAGAAAAAGAAAAAGAAGAAGCUGAUCAUUCCGCCAGGAGAAAAACCCAUAAAGAAAGUCAAAAUAAAGGAUAAGGUCAAAGAUGGAAAGUCGAAUGCUGUCAGUGCAUUAAUCAAAACGACGUCGCCUAACUUGAAUGGUGACAGUAUUGAGAAUGGUGUAAUCAGUUCCGACAGUGAUGUGAGUGACGAGGCUAAAAGUCAGAUGAAAUCUAACAUCUCCAUGGUGAUUGAUUCUGUGAUUGCCAUGGCAGCCAAUGACUCGAGCAGUCGGGGAGAUUUUGAAGAGACAAUGCCAAAGAAAGAUAUUGAUCCGGAGAGCAUUCCAAAACUUCCGCCAGGUCUGCCAUCGGGAAUGGAUAAAAAAAUUGAGCAACUGAAAAAUCAUGCAAUGGAGUCUCAAGAUGGCAAAUGUAAAUUCUUCACUGAUGAUGUCAACAAACAGUUACUUGAGGUUGAGAUAGCAUCGAAACAGAUGAGUGUUGGUAACAGGUCGGCCAUGUUUGGUCACCUGGCUGCAUUCCUACCUUGCAGUAAAGAUACGUUAUUAAAACGUGCCAAAACUUUACUAGUCAAGGAGUUAGAAGACAAGAUAAAAGCGCCACUGGACAAACUCAAAGAUGCUGUCAAUAGAAUAAUGCCAGCACUCAUAGAGAAAUUUGAGGAGGACAGUAAAAAGGCAGCUUUAGAAAAACUUGAAGAAGGAAACAAGGAACCAGUUAAAGAUGACAAGGAGAAAGAAACUGGGAAAGAAGAUGCUGCUACUGAGAGUGAUGAGGAGGAGAAAACAAACCAGUCUGAUGUUACCAAGAAACGCCAGACUGGUCCCAGGAAAAAGUUUGUCUGGGAUAGUGAAGUUAGAUCGUUGUUAUGUGAUGUUGUACAAGUUAAGAUGCGUACUUACAUGAUGUCAAAGGGGAAGUCACAGACUGCAGAGGAGUUCUGUAAGAAUUUCCUCGAGCAAGAUGUCCGUCCAAUUUGGCCAAAGGGUUGGAUGCAGACUCGGGUUCUUUAUAAAGAAAGCAGAGCACCCCAUUCAGGGGGGCCCCUAAUCCGAAAUACUGUGGUUAAAACUACAAGUGUAAAUAUUAACAAUGCUAAACCAGUUGUGAGUAGUCAGCAAAGUACGCCAAACGUUGCGUCCAAGAAAGUGAUACCCACAAUUCUUGAUUUUGCAAACAGUAAUACAGGAAGUGCAAGUGAUUUAUCUCUUAUAAGAAGUUCUUUACAAGGAAGUGCGGAAAAACCAUCGCCAUCAAUGAUUAAGAUUAGUGAUAUGAGAUUAUCAGGACCGAAAAAAACGGACAGCUCUUGGGAUCAUAUGGCACAGGCUCAGACCAGUAGCCAGAGUUUUACUGUACCAAGUGUCCAAAGGUCCUCAGUCCAAGGAACCCCCAGUCCUAAGGUUACCUCACCCCAUGGGCAACCUCAACACAGAUGGAGUCCAAGCUCUUCAAUUCAGGAGUUACAAGCCAGAUUACAAAGUGCUGCUGGGAUGCAGCCAAAACCAUAUACAAUGCCAGUAACCAGCCCUCAGGCUAUACCAGGGUACCAGAGUGUGAAACUUUCCAGUCUGACACCAGAACAGAUACAGUCAUAUCAAGCAGUCUGGACUAAGAUUGAGCCGGCUGGCUGCAGUAGAUUUACCAAUGCGACCAGUGCAGACGAAGAUCAGCUGGCCAACUAUGUCAUGUGA